AUGUCACCUCCCAAUGGAGAGCUGAGCGGUCCAUCGCGCGCCGCGGUCUUACAGGAGAUCGAGGACAUGGACGAAAUCCUUGGCGGCGGACCUUUCCCUACCUUUCGAGGCAGGGCGGCGAGCAACCCUCGUCCCGACGCCCAAGGCCAAGCUCGAGGCCCUGAGCGGCAGGUGACGGCUCCAGCCCUGGCAAUUCGCCAGAGAAGCCGGACGCCCAGCCGUCCGCAAAGGGCUCGCGGCCUCAGCGCGCUUGCCGAGGAGUCGGCUCCGCCCAUGCCUGGCAUGCACUCGGCUUUUUGGCCUCCCAACCCUCCUUUCGCCCAACCGGGUUUUGACGGUGGCCGCCCCAACCGGUCACGCUCCGGGACCACUGGGCCCCCUUUGCGAGCUCCCCCGAGAGGAUUUGUCCUGCCUGCUACCAGGCAACCUCCCAGAGACGUUCGGUCGCCCUCUGGUGGCCAACACAUGGGCCAGCCGGUACUCGCCGCGCCCGCCCCUCCCCCCAUUCCUCCCAGGUCCGCUCAGCGGCAACAGCAAGACAACAGGUGCCCGUCGGCAUCGGGUUCGAGGCCCACCAUGUCGUUGAACCAGGCCGCUCCGUCUCGUUCUUCACUCCCUGUCCCUGCCCCCCAGCCCCAAGCUUCCCGGUCGUCCGGUCCCCGUUCAUCCCAGGGAGAUACGGCGAGCUCCUCGAGCCGCCUCCCUGUGCAGACGCCUCCUUACGAGGUCGACGAUGGAAAGGAGGUUCACCCUUUCCGGGGCCGCCCGCCGACUGGAUCUCGUCCGAGACCCACAGUUGCUUUGCCGUCCCAAUCUCUUUCCCCCGGCGCCUCGGGUAGGGCUGGCACUCGCCGCCCUAGCGAGCCCGGCUAUUUCGAUCAGUGUUCUCUCCCGCCCCCGGCACUGCAAGUGCAAACCGGUGAGAGCAGAUCCGGCCGGGUCGUGUCACCCGCGGAGCCCAGCCCGGCCGCCAGUGCGACCACCACCAACUUCGGAUACCAUCCGAUGAUGAGCCCCUAUGAGGCUGAAGCUGCCAGCGGAUUAGCGCGGGCUUGGGUUGAAAGCCCAAACGAGAGGAAUUCCGGUACGCCGGGCGGAGACCAUUGGGCCCAAGGCCACAUUAUGCUGUCGCCCGUUGAGGCCGCGGUGGCCUGCGCCGACAAUAGGCGUACCACCAUUUUUAUGGACAUGGGGGUGCAGUAUGCCGACGACCACGAGAAGGAGGGCGAGUCAGGCGGCAAGUAA